CCCGCGCCUCCAGGCCGAGGGAGCGGGAAGGCGGGUCCGGGAAGGAGCGCGAGGCCGGAUGUGAGCGGAGCGGCCGCUUCCUGUUUCCUUGCAGCUCGCCCCGCGUUCUGGGUGGUGGCCGUUGCCUCUGCGCCCUCGCCGCCUCCGCCGCGCCUCGCAGGGGAAGCCGGGGCUGUGCGCGCCCGCCCGCCCCCGCGCAGCUCUUCGCAGGCCUCGGAGUCUGGUGGGCUUCUGGGCGGCCCCCUGAGCAGCGAGAAGCGGCCCCGAGUCCCGGCCCGAAGCAGCAGCCGCCGCCGCCGCCAUGCAGGCCAUCAAGUGUGUGGUGGUGGGAGACGGUGCUGUAGGUAAAACAUGCCUGCUCAUCAGUUAUACAACCAAUGCAUUUCCUGGAGAAUAUAUCCCCACUGUUUUCGACAACUAUUCUGCCAAUGUGAUGGUUGAUGGGAAACCAGUCAACCUUGGCUUGUGGGAUACCGCUGGACAAGAGGACUAUGACAGACUGCGCCCGUUAUCCUAUCCACAAACAGAUGUGUUCUUAAUUUGCUUUUCCCUUGUGAGUCCUGCAUCCUUUGAAAAUGUCCGUGCAAAGUGGUAUCCUGAGGUGCGACACCAUUGCCCCAACACUCCCAUCAUACUCGUGGGAACCAAACUUGAUCUCAGAGAUGACAAAGACACUAUCGAAAAACUGAAGGAAAAGAAGCUGACUCCCAUCACCUACCCACAAGGCUUGGCCAUGGCAAAAGAGAUUGGUGCAGUAAAAUACCUAGAAUGCUCAGCACUUACACAGCGAGGCCUCAAGACAGUCUUUGAUGAAGCUAUUCGAGCAGUUCUCUGCCCCCCUCCUGUAAAGAAGAGAAAGAGAAAAUGUCUCCUGCUGUAACACCCCCACCCUCAUCCCUCCCUCUGAACCUUUUGUGCUUUGCUCAACACAGUGGAGCAUUUGCAUCAAUGCCAAGUUCUUCUGUUUAAAACAAUAAUUAGUUCUCUUCCAUCAAAUUUUUGAACCAAUCAAUUUCACUUUCCCCUUUGUUUAAAAUGUUAGAUUUGCUUUUCUUCUACUAAAGAGAUCCUUCCUAAAAAGAGACGUAAACCUAUGUAAAGGCCUUAUUUUUUCCAAGUCCUCUUGCUCAGAUUGAGUGUUGCCAAAUUAUUCUGCUCAUCUCUGUUGCAUUGUUGUGCUUUGUAAUACUGAAGCACGAAACCUGUUUUUUUAAAAGUCAAACAGGUGUCUUUAAAGAUACUAAUGUUUGUUAGGAACUGCAAAACUUUAUAGGGUUUUUUCCUCAGAUAACAGUUCUUGUAUCACUAGGAAAACAUCGCUGUUUAAUGCAUUCAUCAUUGCAGAGCAUCCUCUAUCAUGUCCAAACAGAUGCAAUAAUUGACAAUUCCAGAUUCUCUCUUUUAAAAGAAAAAAAAAAUCUCCUGCAUAUUAAGGACUGUGAUGAAACUGUUUUCCUUGAAAUGUAUUGUCUUCCUUGACAGCAGGAUCCGGUGUUAACUGGUGAAAGAGAUCUGGUUGGUCAAGGAAAGUGGCCCUGCAGUAUUUUGACACUGUACAGAUCAAUUUACACGACAUUGUCAACAAACUAGUUACACUGAAUAGAUUUUCUGUUGUGUAUAAAACCAAUAAAAUAAAUCCCUCGGGUAUACCUGAACAGUAGCUGAAAGGGAGGUUGGUGUUUUUAUAGAUCACUUGUUUGCAUUUCCCAGUAGGGCAUUCAUUUACUACAAUUUUGAACUGGUCAUUCCCACAUGUUCUCACUAGAUGCUUUUUUUUCUUGUAGAAUUUCUUCCUCCUGAGCAAUAUAACUUGUAUUUUAAAACCUUUCUGAUAUAUUUGCGUUUUUUGUAGCCUAGAAUAUUCAAGCAUAGCUUUCGCCCCCACCCCGUUACUUCUGCUUCAAUAAUAUCCACGCUUUUGAAGCGCUCUUAUCGUUUUCAAGUGACUUGGCGUAAGAAUCCUGUGCAGCAGCUUUGCCGAUUCUAGUGACUCCUCCUAUUUUGCACCACCUUAAUGACCUUUCUCAAAGAUCGCCAUCUGCCAGGUAUCCUGACGCUGUAACUUUACUAAUGCUGACAUCCCUCCAACCUCACUGUAAACACAUACCUCCUGUCAAUUGAUCUAGUAAUGGUCAUUGGUUACUGUGAGGCUUCGUAACCUAGUUCUAACAAUGUUCUGUACAUCCCACAUGCUGGCAAGAACACAACAUUGAACUGCAACCUUUCAACUACUAGAACAAAAAUCUAAAUGGAGUUUGCAAGAUUGUGAAGUUUUUACAUUGAUCUUUUUGGUAAUGCGAUUUAGCAGUAUGUUUUGCAUGUAUGACUUAAUAAAUUCUUGAACCGCA